UUUAUUCCAUCACCAGCCUUCAUUGCAGGUCACAGCCUACGGAGAGAGAAGUGGGGAAAAAGAACUCGCAGACGCAGCCGUGGAGCUCCGCCGCCGAAGCCAAGAGAUGGCCGACGGCAGCGCCUCCGCCUCGCCGUCCUCUUCUUCUCCGACCCAGAACCACCACCGCGACGCCAUCAAGUCCUCAGUGCAUAAUACAGCAGCUAGCCGGAGGCGGGACCAAGCUGUAGCAAUUGGGAAGGAAAGAAGGGAAGCCUUGAUGCGUGCAAAGCGUGUAUGUCGAGCUCCUCUUUCUGGCAGUGAUGAGGCUGCAGUGGAAGAAGGUGAUAUGGUUAUUGAUGAGGAGAAAGCAGGUCUUGAGGCAAGAACGGCUCAAGCUGUUGAAGAAUUGAGAUCUGCUUUGUCAAGCCAGGGGAAAAGGGCUCAGAAGAAGACGGAAGUGCUUCGUGCUUUAAGGCGUUUGUUGUCACAGUCUGAAGUACCUCCUGUUGAAGCAGCAAUUAAAGCUGGAGCAGUCCCUCUUCUAGUGCAGUCUCUGUCCUUUGGAUCACCAGAUGAACAGUUGCUAGAGGCAGCUUGGUGCCUUACAAACAUAGCAGCGGGGGAACCAGAAGAAACUAAAUCCUUACUGCCUGCCCUACCAUUGCUCAUUGCUCACCUUGGUGAGAAGAGCUCCACACUUGUCACGGAGCAAUGUGCAUGGGCCGUUGGUAAUGUUGCUGGUGAAGGAGCAGACCUGAGAAACAAAUUACUCGCUCAAGGUGCAUUGUGGCCUCUUGUCCGUUUAAUGCUGUCAAACAAGGGUUCUACAGCAAGAACUGCUGCUUGGGCAUUGUCAAAUCUUAUCAAGGGGCCUGAUCCCAAGGCUGCGAAUGAGCUUAUCAGCAUUGACGGUGUGCUAAAUACAAUCAUAUGGAACUUGGAGAAAGCGGAUGACGAGCUAGCAACUGAGGUGGCUUGGGUAGUGGUCUAUCUUUCAGCACUUUCAGAAAAAGCUAUCAGCCUAAUAGUGAAAAGUUCUGUGCCACAGUUGCUGAUUGGACGCCUCCUAGCAUCUGAGAACUUGCAGUUGCUCAUUCCGGUACUUCGUGGUUUGGGAAAUCUAGUAGCUGGUGAUGGAUACAUGGUUGAUUCUGUUCUAAUGGUUGGAAACAGUAUCACAGAUCAAGCCUUAUCAAGUCUUAUAAAGUGUUCAAAGAGUGACAAUAGGGUUCUAAAAAAGGAAGCAGCAUGGGCAAUGUCAAAUAUAGCAGCAGGCAGUUUGGAGCACAAGAAAUUGAUUUUUGCCAGUGAAGCAACGCCUUUGCUGAUACACCUCCUUACGACUGCACAAUUUGACAUUCGUAGAGAAGCAGCAUACACCCUGGGCAAUCUGUGUGUUGUCCCAGCAGGAAGUGCUGAUCCCCCAAACAUUAUUGUGGAACAUCUAGUAGCUGUCAUAAAUGGCGGAGCCCUUCCAGGAUUUGUAAAUUUGGUCAGAUCUGCUGAUAUAGAGAGUGCAAGACUUGGGCUUCAGUUCCUGGAACUGGUGAUGAGGGGAUUCCCCAACGGUCAAGGCCCAAAGCUUGUGGAGAUGGAGGAUGGCAUCGAGGCUAUGGAGAGGUUUCAGUUCCAUGAGAACGAGCUGAUGAGGAAUAUGGCCAAUGGGCUGGUUGACAAAUACUUUGGCGAAGACUAUGGCCUCGAGUGAGUUCCUCCUGCCAUUCCUACAUCUGGGCGAACUUUCUGUUCAUGGGUUCAAAAUGUGGAACAAAUUUCACAAUCCUUGGACAGAAGGACGUGUAAAAUCAGCAUGGUUGCCAUGUAAUCUAGCCCUUGAUAACGACGUAUCGGAUGCUGUACUUGGAAUGUGAAUGUGUAAAAUGACUGACCUAUGGAUAGUACAAGGUAACUGUUGAUAAGCUUUGACAUGUUGUAUAAUAAGAGAACUGCCUGUUUCCCUUGGGCGGCGUCGUGCGGCCAUUUUGCCAAAGUAAUUUGAAAUUUGAACAAAUUGGUGCGAUAGCUAGUUGUACGGGUGCGUGUGUGUGUGUAUGCCACAAUUGUAAUUAUCAACCGUUUAAACGUUUGUUGUAAGUGGUCGUAUGAUUACUUC